AAGAAAAACUCUCUCUUUCACUCAUUCAUUCAUUUCUUAUUGGACUUAAAACGAAAAGCUUUCAACAUCCCACGAUCCCCCCCAACAGCUUACUCUUCAAACUCUUUCCUUUUAUCCUUAUCUCUCCCUCUCUGCAACUCAUCUUCACACUUCAAUUAUUUUCUCACUUUGUCUCCCCCCUAAUUCCCCACUGCUCUCACCCACUCCUUUCUAUAUACCCGUCUCUCAUUCCAUCCCAUAUCUAGCAGAGAAGAGAAUUCUCAAUUCUCAAUCCCAUCACCUCAUUCUUCUGCGAGUUUGAUUCUCCUACCUUCAUAAACUUGUCGCGUUAGCAUGGCACAAACAUGGUUAAUUAAGGUGAAAGCCAAACUGUCAAACCGUAUAGAUGCAGCUAAAACGAACACAUCGCCGACAAAUGGCGGAAACAAUAAGAUGAUGACGAUGAUGUUGGCAAGGAAGAAAUCUCAUCAUAUUGGUGUUUUAGCAUUUGAAAUUGCAAGCUUAAUGUCUAAACUUCUUCAACUCUGGCAAUCUCUUUCUGAUAAGAACAUAUAUCGGCUUCGACAUGAUUCUAUUUCUAUCGAAGGCGUUCGCAAAAUCGUCUCGAAUGAUGAAGCGUUUCUUCUUGGUUUAGCUUGUGCUGAAGUUGUAGAGAGCUUGAGAGUUAUAUCUAAGGCAGUGUCUACGCUUGGUAAAAGAUGUGAUGAUACGAGUCUUCGGAAUUUCGAUAACUUAUUCGAUGAAUUUGCGAAUACGGGACGAGAUCCUCAUUCUUGGGUGUUAAGUUCGAAAGAAAUGGAAGCGAAACAGAAGAAGAUUGAUCGGUAUAUUUCGUCAACUGCAAGUUUGUAUAGAGAAAUGGAUGAACUUACAGAGAUUGAACAUGUAUUUAAAAAAGUGUUACAAUGUAGUGAUCAUGAAAGUUUGAUCAAAGAGAAGAAAAUUAGUGAUAUUCAACAAAAACUCUUUUGGUUAAAACAAGAAGUUAAACAUCUCAAAGAGAGUUCAUUAUGGAACAAAACUUUUGAUUCUAUUACUAGUAUACUAGCAAGAUCAACUUUCACUUGUUUAGCAAGAAUCAAACUUGUUUUCGGUAUCGGUACUCAAGGGGUUCAUCCGUCUAUGAACAACGAUUCAUCCUUACCACGAAGUUCAUCCGUAUCGGCUACCGUUUAUCCCUCUAGUCCUACUUUCGCCGGUGAAGUAGAUGUUGCUGUCGAUGAUGAGAAAGAUGAAGAGAUGAAGCUAGGAUUUUUCGAAGCGAAUUCGAAACUGUUGAAAGCUCCACCGAGUACACUAGGAGCUGCAGCAUUAGCUUUACACUAUUCAAAUUUGAUUAUAGUCAUAGAGAAAAUGAUUAGAUCACCUCAGUUAGUCGGUAUUGAUGCAAGAGAUGAUUUAUAUGGGAUGUUACCAACAAGUAUAAGGGUUUCAUUAAGGGAUAGAUUGAAAGGAGUUGGAUUUUCAGCAAGUGAUCCAAGUCUUGCAACGGAAUGGAGAGAUGCGUUAGGAAGAAUAUUAAGUUGGUUAUCACCAUUAGCUCAUAAUAUGAUCAAAUGGCAAAGUGAAAGGAGUUUCGAACAACAAAACUUGAUUCAUAAGAAUAAUGUUCUUCUUUUACAAACAUUAUUUUUCGCGAAUCAAACCAAGGCCGAAGCUGCGAUUACUGAACUUCUUGUGGGAUUAAAUUACAUUUGGAGAUUCGAAAGGGAGAUGAAUGCUAAAGCUUUGUUUCAGCAGUGUGCAAACAAUGUCAACAAUAAUGGUUUCUUGAAUAAUUAUCAGAAAAGUUCUUGUUGAGAGCAAUUAUAAAUUGAGUUUUUUUCUUACAUUAUAGACAAUUUUUUUUCUUGUUAUAGUGAUGAAUCAUCUUGAUCAAUUGAGUUCUUGUAUUUGGUUUUAGUAAUUAGAUUUGAGCUGAUUUGGUUGAGAUUGAAUAUGGGGUUUUCUUUUUCUUUUGGAGUUAAUAAUCAAAGAUUAUUGUAUAUACUGAUAAUAAAUUAAUAAAAAGUUUACAAUUCCAUAA